AUGGCCCACAGACCCUCAGCUGGUACAGUUGAUAUGCGUAAGCGAGCGCUGCUUCAAAGUGCAGCAACAAACGAAGAUAGGUUAGAAAAUGUACAGAGCGGAACACACGAUACCUCGUUAAAUAUUUCGACAAUGCCUCAGUCGACUCUAGUGGCUGCAGCAAAUAAGCUUUUGCAAGAUACAAAAUCGCAAAUAGAGCAAUCAGGAAACCUUAAAACAUCCAUUAAAGAAAAGGUUUUAUAUGGAAUAACUGGUAUGUAUGAGAUUAUAUUGCGCAUGAGUGAAUCCCGGCAGACACUGCAACUACAACUGGAAAAAUCUAAAUUAAGUGUAAAGGAGGAACUAUUAAGAAAGGAAAAAGAAUACGCUGAGAAGUUAGAGGGUCUGUUGGAAACGUCUAAUGGGGCAAACGCAAAGGGAACAGUAAGGGACAUUCUAAAGGAAUUAGCAUCUGUUAGGCAAAUUUUGACACAAGACGCUGCUGAAAAAAAUAACGGAAUGCAAAUAGGCCUAAAUGAUGGACAAGCGACUAGAGAAAUCUUAGCGCAAAUAAAUAAAAAUGGACUGACUAUCGAAGAAUCGAAUAUCUUGCUGAAAAAACUAGGGCAUCAAGUGGAGCAAAUACACAACGAUUUUAACAAGAAAGAAUCUGGAAAUUAUACAUAUGCUGAAAUUGCAGCUCCAAGGCUGUAUGAAGCAAAACGCGGCAAACCGCAGGAGGACAUCCUGGGAGACAGAAAAGUUGAAGAAAAGGUACUGUAUAUAGAAGCCGAGCACCCAGCCACAGAAGACGAAAUAAUUUUUAGUACAAUAGAAAGUAAACAACCGGAAAAGAUGGAAGAAACAAAAGAAAAGCUAAAGUAUCUUUUGAUUUCGACGAGUGCCCCCGCAAAAUUCGACUGCACCAAGCAGGGCUUUAAUGAUCUGCAGCUCUUGGGCGCAAUAGAAAAAAUUUUGGAGCACGGAUUUCGGAGUAAUCCUCAAAAAAACAAGUACCACGUGGUGCUGAAAAUCAAGAACGGAAGCAGCUACCGGGCUGAAAAUUUUCAAGACCCAAGAAUCAGAUAA